CACGGGGCUCUCGGGCAUCUCUCCUGGUUUGUCUGCGUUGUCAGAACUCCUGAUUCUCAAAGAAAGCAGCCUGGACACCCCGUGGUUCAUACUUGGAUGUGAGGACUCUUGUCACCCUGAGUGUGCAGAAGUGGAAUGCAUGAUAUAAUUUGGAAAUUGAUUGAAGAAUCACCAUAGAAUUCAAUAUGGCAUCACAGCAGUCAUCUGCAUCAACAGAGGAGCAGGCUUCCUCUGAAAUAGAUGAUCUCCAUCUAACGCUGCAAGUCCAGCGAGAGUUUACACAGAAGAAAACCUUCACUAGUUGGAUAAAUUCAAUAUUGGCAAAGCAUAUCCCUCCUUAUGUUGUCUCAGACCUGUAUACAGACAUACAGCAGGGACAUUUGCUUCUGGAUCUUUUGGAAGUGCUUUCAGGUCAACAUCUGCCACGGGAAAAAGGAUUUAAUACCUUCCAGUGUAGAAGUAAUAUAGAAAAUGCUUUGACAUUUUUAAAGAGCAGAUCACUGAAGCUCAUAAAUAUUCAUGUAGCUGACAUUAUUGAAGGAAAACCUUCCAUUGUGCUUGGCCUAAUCUGGACCAUUAUAUUUCAUUUUCAUAUUGAAGAACUGGCCAGGACACUUGCCUGUACCUACAAUCAGCCUUCACCUGAUGGUCCAGGUGCUGCUGACUCCUCUCCAAAGGCAAACAGAUCAGCUAAAAAAAGUGCUAAAAUUAAGGAACGGUGGAAGAUGUCUGCUACAAAGGCUCUUUUGUUGUGGGCAAAAGAACAGUGUUCACUGCACAGCUCUGUCAGUGUCACUGAUUUCAAGUCCAGCUGGCGAAGUGGACUGGCUUUUUUAGCCAUCAUCCAAACCUUGAGGCCAGGUCUGGUUGAUCUGGAGAAGGCAAAAGCCAGAAGCAAUAAAGAAAACCUGAAAGAGGCUUUCAGAAUUGCAGAACUGGAGCUGAAUAUCCCACGGCUUCUGGAGCCUGAAGAUGUUGACACUGUGAAUCCAGAUGAAAAAUCAAUCAUGACUUACGUGGCUCAGUUUCUGCAAUACUCCAAGAAUUUGCCUGAGUCUGAGGAAGACAUGCAGGAGAAAGUAAGAGAGGCCAUGGGCUGGUUGGCUGCACAGGAGGAGAAGUUAGCAAAACUGCUGGUGGAAACAGAGAAUGAAACAUACUACCAGAAGUACAAAGAAAUGAUGUCAUUUAUGGAAACAUUUAACCAAGAGAAAAUCCCCUUUCUGCCUGUGUUGUCAUCAAAAAGGGGUGAAGCUGAGCUGAGUGAAGGCCAGCAGCAGAUGAGGGAACAGUGGGAUAAAGUGAUCUCUCAGAUUAACGAGUGGAAAGCAAAGCUGGACCAGAUGUUGCCCUCCCCUCUGGAUAGCAUUGAGGCUUGGCUCCAGGAGGUGGAACGUCUGCAGGCAGAACAUUUGCCUGAUUUACAGGACCCUUUCAAAGCAAUGUCUGUCUUCAGAGAAAUAAUUGUAAUAUUUAAGGGCUUGAUGGAUUGUUUUGAUUCUCACUUGGACACCCUUCAGUCAUUUAAGAAUGAAGAUGAGAAGAAUAUGCCACUAGUCUUGCCUGAAAAAUUAGAGGAAAUGAAAAGAAGAUUUGGCAACAUUCAUUCUACAAACCCCAGCACUUUUCUUGAAUACCACUAUGGACUGUGCUCAGCCAUUGCCAAUGAGGUGAAGUUAAAGCUAAAUAUCUGGGACGUGAAAUAUGGGGCAAAAGAGUCUGUGGAAUCACUGCUGGAAAAUUGGAAUAAUUUCAUUGAAGAAAAGAAACUUGAAACACAACUAGACACUGCUACUCACAUCUGUGAAGACUUGAAAAACAUAAAACAUCCUGACUUGGCUGGAGAUCCUCAAGAAAUCAGCAAACUUUUGAAGACAGUGGAGUCAAAGAUUUCUACAUGUAAAGAAUAUAUUUCCAAUGUAAACACCACCCUACAGAAAGUCCUGUCCUCCUGGAGUAAUUACACAGAAAACAUCCAUUUACUAAAGACAUGGCUGGAAGAAAACAGAAAUGAGGAUCCAAAAGAGAUCCCUGCUGAGGUAUUGGCAAAGAGGAAUUCAAUUCAUGGUUCCUUAAAUGAAGCUGGAAACCAUCUCAUUGAAGUCAGCAAAGAGCAAGUUGGAUCAAAUAUUGCCAAAGAGCUGAAGAAACUGAACAGGAGAUGGGCAAAGUUCAUCAAGAGGACACACUUUCUUGGAGAGGAGAGCACAAAUGCUGCUGAAGAGACCACGGAGCUUCCAGGGAGCCUGCAGAAAAUUGAAGAGCUGCUUGGAAGGGUGAACAGCUGGGCAGCAGAGAUGGGACAUCUCCUUAGCAAGAUCAGUCACGAGGAGCCUGUGGAACCUGAGCUGGAGGAACAUUUGCAGAGUUUGGCUGCAAGAGGAUCCUCGUGCCAAGACCAAGUUGUGGCAGCAGAAGAGAUACUGCAAUCCCUGAGGCAGAAUGUUUCAAGUCAGGUCUUGCAGCAGCAUUCUCACACCACUGGGCUGGAGGCACGAAUUAAAGAAGCCAGAGGCAAAGUAGAGGCUGUCAUGGGUGACCUGAACAAGAUCUUGUCCAAAUCUGAGAAGAAACCCUCAGAGAAGGAGGCUUUGCUCAAUUUUGAAGAAUCACAGAAAGAACUUGAGGCCUCCAUUUCAAAGGCUGUGCAACUUGUCAGUCAAAAAUUAAGUCCUGAAGAAUGUAUUUCAAGAUAUGAGGAAGCUUUUAAUGCUCUGGACAAUAAAGUUCUUGACAAAUUUUUGAAAGCAGCUGAACUGCUGAAAAAUAUUUCAUCUGACCAUGAGAAGCUGUUGGUGGAAGAUGAUGUGCGUAGGAGAUGGGAGGCAGUUCGUCAGGAAAUUCUAUCCUAUGUCCAGCUCAUCAUAGAAAGGGAAAAAAAGAAAUUUAAUGCAACUUUAAAAAAAAUCAAUAAGCAGUUAGGCAAAGAAAAGAAACUCCUAAGUAUGGAUAAAACCAAAGGGCUCAUGAAGGAGCAUGAGGCCUUUUUUUCACAUGAAGGCAGCAUGAAGGAACUUAACAAGUCUUUGGAAGACCUUAAAACAUUGGCAAGACUCUCAGAAGAAGCUGUCCCAGGGCUGCAGACACUCACUGCAGACUGUGAGAAAAGGCUAGAAAAGGUUCAGCAAAUGGUGGCAGACACUUACACAGCACUGCUGGCUCGUGUUGGAAAAGGACAGCCCCCUCAGAAAGGGAACUCCAUUUUGGCUUCUGAGAAUGGAGAAGAGUCUGGUUCUUCUCAAGAAAUUGACAGCCUUAUGGUAGAGGAGACCUCAAGACCUGCUACAGAUGCAGUUUUGGAGCCAGAUGUGAAGCACCACAAUGGAGAGAGCUGUGCAGAUGAGUUUGAGGAAGAUGGUGGAUUGGCCAUACCAGCUUUGUUAGAGAGCUUUAAUACACAGAGAAGUAACCUGGAGGAACUUCUACGUCACAGCAGAGAUAAAGUAACAUCUGACUUUACUGAUGAAAUAAAAGACACUUCAUCCCUUACGUUUAAGCUGUUUGAACUAGAGUCAAUGAUAGACAUGGAAUUCACGUCUGGUUGGAAAGAAUUGGAAAAGAUCUCAUCUGCCUUAGAAAAUCUUGUGUCUGAAGUGCAGCAGGCUGCUCUCUCUGAGGCAAGGAACAAGCUACAAAGCGAGUGGAAAGAACUUCAGGAUGUGAUAAGUAUCAGAGCAAGUUCUUUAAGGGCUGCUGUGGAAAUUAUUUCGGCAACAGAAAGUCAAUCCAUCUCUGUCUGUCAAUUAGUAGAUGAAUGGCUGAAGAAAAAGUACAUCCACCAGUUUAGUCUGAUGGACUGGAACCCUCCUGAGAGUGAACUGAAGAUGCUGCAGAGAUGCAUAUUAGAACAGAUUGAAGAGUGCAAACAAUUGGAACACCUGGACAGUUCAGCAGGGGAUGAAGUUAAUCCAUUAGACCUGCAAGCUGCAAGAAAAGUUAUAAUUAACUGUCAAAAGCAGCUUGAAGAAAUGCGCCAUAAAAUGCAGAUCCGUGAGGCUGUCCUUAAAGAUCUGGAAACUUUUAUGGCCUCCCUGAAGAAGAUCCAACCUUCCAUCACAUCUCUCCCAGAUCAACCUGAAAUGCAGGGAAAAGUUUUGAGGGAGGCUGCACAGGAAGUUUCUCAUCUGGCAGAAGAGGCCAAAAGUCUGGAUGAGCGCCUGAAGAGUGUUAAUAUCCGUCUUGAAGACGCUGAUCAUGGGAGAAAAACUUGGUGUGAAAAACUUGUUCAGGCUUUAUCUAAAAAGCUAAAUGCCAUCUAUGAUCCCUCAAGAGAGCAGGUGCCUACAGAAGAAAAAGACUUGUACAAGACUUUUUCCAGAAAAAACAGUGAACUCCUUAAAACCAUUCAGGAUCUACGGGACAGAAUCAACAAAAUAGGCUUGAAGGAUCCAACAAUUCCAGCUAUUCAGAAAAGGAUAAAAUCAUUAACAGAAUUGGAAAAGGAAUUGGAUCGUGCUGCUGCUGAAAUGAAAUCUCUGCAAGAAAUUGCUAAUAAGCUCCCACAGAUCAAUGAGGAGAAAGCAGAGGAAGCAAAUGAGCAGUGCAGAAUUACAGAGAGGUUAUGGGAGGAUACAAAGCUCUUGCUUGCUGAAUGCCAGGAGCAGUGUGCAAGGGUUCUGGAGCUCCUGAAGCAGUAUCAAAGCUGCAAAACGAGUCUGACCAGCAUCAUCCAGAAACAGGAGAUUGUGCUUUCCCAGCAAACUUCUUACAUGGGGAAGGAGAAUUUGAACAGACUAAUAGCAAAGAUUGAAGAGGCAAAAGAGGAAUUUAAUGAUCACUCUGAAGAUGUAGACAAAAUAAAUCAGAUCUGCAAAAACUUGCAAUUCCAGCUGAAUAAAAUGAGAAGCUUUGAGGAGCCUCCGUUCGAGAAUGAGGCUAACAUUAUUGUGGACAGAUGGCUGGAUAUCAAUGAAAAGACCGAAAAUUACUGUGAUAAUUUGGGGAGAGCUCAGGCUUUGUGGGACAAACUCCUGAACUUAUCUGGCACAAUUGAAGUUUGGGCAGAUGAAGAGCUCAAGAAUGCAGAAGACAAUUGCCUGACUGAGGAGUACCUUGCUCAGUUGAAGGCAUGCUUACGGGCCCAAGAGCAGAAACUCCAGAAAUUCGACAACACGGUGGCUGAGAUAGAAGAGCUUCUGAAUAGUAAUGAACCUCCAUUGGAGCUACAGGUCAUCAGAUCAUCUGUUGUGCAGAAAAUGGAGCUAAUAAAAGAGCUCUUGUCAGCCAAGAGGGGAACCAGUGAACUCACUGUGAAUACAGCAGAGCUGAAAGGAGACCUUGAUCUGGCCAAGACACAGAUUGGAAUGACUGAAUCACUCCUCAAAGCUUUAUCUCCUUCAGACACCUUAGAGAUCUUUACUAAACUAGAGGAGAUACACCAGAAAAUUCUGCAGCAGGAGCACCUUGUGGCAUUACUCCAGGAAGAGACAGAUUGUCCUGAUGUGGAUGAAUUAAAUAAGCAGCUUAAAUGUGUCACUGAUUUAUUCAAUAGCAAGAAACACGUGCUUCAAGAUCACUUCAUGGGUGUUUUGAAUCGUCAGUGCAAGAAUUUUAAUGACUGGUUCAGCAGCACUCAGCUGUCUCUGAAGGACUGCUUUGAGCCCUCAGAAACAAAAGCCAUACUGGAAGAAAGACUACAGAGGCUAAAACACUUCCUGACAUCUGAGGGCAGAGAUAGAGACAUCCCAGAGGUUAAAGCUUUACUGAACAAAGUGAAGCCUUACUUGCCCAAAGGCAGCAUUAACCACCUCAGCAGUCGUGUGAGGGAUCAGGAGGCAGAGCUGCAGAGGUUGAUCUCCAAAUGUCAGAAAAGGGAACAGGAGCUUGGUGCCUCUCUCCAGCAGCUCAGCAGCCUUGAAGAAAGCAGCAUGGCCUUGAAAGAAUGGCUCUCUGCUCAGGAGGAAAAAGUGAAAGAGAUCAAUAAAGAUGAUACAGAACUUGAAGAUAUCUAUAAAACACUAUUAAUGCAGAGGAAACCAUUUGACUCCCUGGCUCAGCUGUCAAAUUCCUUGGAGGAGGCUGGGCUGACAGAAUAUGAAACCCUUUCAGAAGCCAGUAGCCUUACCAGCAGGUACCAUGCACUGAUAGCACGUGUCAGUGAAAUGGCAGGGAAUGCUGAGAGACUUCCAGUGGAAGGACAGAAUUUUGAAGACCUUGCCCAGGACGUUUCUUGCUGGAUCAAAAAGCUUGAGGAGGCUCUUAAUAAAAUGAGUUCACAAGGAAGUGAGUUGUCAUCAGAUGAAAGGAUUAAUCAGAUAAAGGAAAUCACAAGUCUCAGAGAGGAAGGUGAGGCCAAAAUACAGAGCAUGGUGGCUCUAGGAGACAGUUUAUUGAGAAAUGAGAAAAAUAAGAAGCCAGAGGUUCAGCAGACUGUUUCUGAGCUCCAGAAAAAGUGGGAAAACCUCUGUCAGCUGGCCACUGAAUACAGCAGCCCUCAAGAGCAACUUCAGUGCAACAGGGAGCAAUAUGAGCAAAGCAAAGAAGAUCUGAAACAGGCUCUAAUGGAGCUGGAGAAACAGCAACAGGAGAUUUUUGCCCUUCAGCCUGGUUUGGAGGAGAAGCAAGCUCAGCUGGCAAACUAUGCUGAGCUCCUGCAGAAAACAGAAGCCUUGACUUCCCAGUUUAGCAAAUUGAAAAGCCAGGAGAAUCUGCAGGGCCACACUGUUGAUCCCUGCUUCACAGAGGCAGAAUGGUCAGAAUUAAAGCACCAACAUGAAAAUCUGCUCAGCCAGCUCCAGACGUUGCAAAGCCCUGUUCAGGAGCACCAGCAGGUUCAGGAUAUGCCAACAGACCUGAGCACUGAGCUGAAAACUGUCUCUGAGAAGCUUUCUGAGUGUGAUGGUCCAGCAAUGGAAGAACCAUCAGCUGAGGAAAAUCAGUUGAAAUCACAGGAUGGUCCAGCAAUGGAAGAACUAUCAGCUGAGCAAAAUCAGUUGAAAUCACAGGAUGGUCCAGCAAUGGAAGAACCAUCAGCUGAGGAAAAUCAGUUGAAAUCACAGGAUGGUCCAGCAAUGGAAGAACCAUCAGCUGAACAAAAUCAGUUGAAAUCACAGGAACAACAGGGACCUCUUAGCCAAAGUGAAGACACAGCAAAGAAAAGUUUGGUUUUAGCAGAAACUGUUAAACAAAACACCUCUUCACCAGAGCAGGAGUUUAUUGAGGAUGAGAUGGAAACACUUCAGAGUGAACACAAAGAAAGAUUGGAAGAAAGACUUGAAAAUGUCAAGCAAAAGAAGGAAAACAUUUCCAGUGAAGCCCUUGAGUUAAAAGAUGAGUUUGGUAAUGAAAUCAAAAAGGAAGAUAAGGCAGAUACAAUGCUGAAGAGAGAGACACAGAUCACUUCUGAUACUCAAAUCUCUGCAGAGGAGACCCCCACAGCAGUGGAGCUGAAGGAGCCUUUGGAAUUGAGUGAUGGUCAAGAUGUAAAUGGAAAUAUGUCUGAGAAAGAGAGGCAGAAUGCUCCAGUUUUGGAGGAAAUCAGUGUAGUGUCAGAAAGCCCAUUACAGAAUAUCCAUCACAGCAAGGACAGAUUGGGGCAGGCUGUUCAGGAGGAGGCUGAUAAGGAGAACCCAGAUAUGGACAGAGCUGACAGGUUCCAAGAGGAUGUUCUGGACAGUGCAGAUCUUGGUGGUGAGGCAGAAAUGGAAAGACCUCAGGAUGGUGUUGGUAUUGAAGGUGAUGAAUCUGGGAGAGAAGCCCAUCCAGCACAGGAGGAACCUGGUGAUGUUGAGAAUCAAUCAUAUAAAGAAAAUGAGGGGCAGGUUCAACAGAAGCUGUGCCAGAAGGGUCAAGUCCUGGAAUCUGCAGCAGCUGAGAAGGAUGGUCUGGGAUUGAAUCCCCCAGCUCCUGCACAUGAGGACACAGGUGCAGAAGUGGUUGUCCAGAAGGAACUAUUUCCUGCAGUGCAAGUAAACAAUGAAUAUUUUGAAGAGGAACAAAAGGUCAAUGAGCUGAAAAAUGAAGUGGCUGAACUGGAUAUGGUGCUUAUAAAUGAACAACUAAAAGAGCUGGAGAAUUUAAAAACUGAGCUGGAAACGUGGAAAGCAAAGUCUCUGUGCCAUGGUGAAGGAGCAAUUCCCAAUGGAACAGGAUCAAACAGAGCAGAGCUGCAAAGCACAGAGCCCUGCUGGGACAGGCUGCUCCAGGAACUGGAAGCUGUUAAGGCAGUGAAGCAACAACAGUGCUGUUUAAUUAAUGAAUACCAGAAAAGUCUUUCUGCUGCACAGUCCUCCAUGAAAAAUUUGUCAACAGAAAAAGAUAACAUAAAAAUGGGUCCUAUGAACAACACAGUUCUUCUGGAGAAAAUUAAGGCAUGCAUAGAGUCCUUACGGAAGGAAAGAGAUGUCUUAAACCAGCUGCAAAGCCAGCAAGAAGUUUUAUCUCAGCAUUUGACAUGUAUGGAUAAAGUGUUGACAGAGAGCCAAAUGAGGCAGCUGGAGCACUGGUGGCAGCACAUGGAACAAGCAGUGCAAAAGAAACAUGAUCAGGUUGUGGCAGAAAUUGAUGAAUUUAACCUGCUUAUGACCAAAGCACGGGAUAUCCAGAGGCUGAUACAGGAACAGUAUUUGCAAGCAGAGUUACAUUCCUCAACUGCAGGAAAAGCCAAAGACCCUCUCAUUUGGACCACAGAGCUACAGGACAUUAAACAUGGUCUUUGUCUAUUAAAAAGGAGGAUUGAGCUGCAGAUGAAAAGAAUUUGGAGUGAUCAAGAGAAGGUGGCUUUGGAGAACUCUAUACAGGAUUUGCAGAGCAAACUGGAAGCAUUAUCAGCACAGCAAACUUCUCAAGAGGAUAUCCAGACCACUGGUCCUGCUCUCAUGAAACAUGAGAUGAUGAAGAGGCUGAAAGAAAAUAUUUCCUGGGUCAAAGACUCACUGUCCCACCUAGAUCAGAAAGCAGCACUUUUCCCCAGUGAUGUCAAAUCACAGAUCAGAAAUUGUCAGCUUAUGAACACAGACAUCCUGAGCAGAGAGCCUGUGAUUCUAUCCCUGGAUUAUGGGCUCCAGCACAUCCUUCCCAGCUUGGAGCCAGAGGAGGGCUCUGAUAUGACCUUCCUUUUACAAACAUUGAAGAAUUCAUACAAGGCUCUUGUUUUAAAGUCUGCUCAAAGAUUGCAGCACUUGGAGCUCCAGCUGGAGGAGAGACAAAGGCUCACUGCAGAAAUAGACAAAGUUCACUCUCAGCUUUGCAAAGCCGAGCUGAUGGCCAGGCCUGACCCAAACCAAAACAGCAGCUGCUCAGAGCUGGUGAGCCAACAAGGCAUUCUGAAGGAGAUGCUAAAGGACAUACAGGAAAUAGAAGAGCUUAUCUCAUCCCACUGUAAGGAGAGUCAGGUCACAGCUGGGCAGCUGAGCCUGUCUGAACAACUCUUCUUGAUUGAUCAGUUAAGGAGUCUGAAGAACAGAGCAAGGAAGACACAGAGGCAAAUUCAAAGUAAACUUCAUGAAGUAGAACAAAAGACAGCUGUCUCCAGAGAGUUUGCUGAAGGAAUUGCUUCAUUGGAGCAGGAUCUUGAUGACCUGCAGGAUGGUGAAAUGAACCUGAAAGAUGGUGAAUUAGUAGGUGCCAAGCAGGGACUGAAGGACAAAUGCAAAGCACUGAAAGAAAAAGUGUUGGCUUUUCAGUCAGGUUUGUCACAAGUAAUGAAGUACAAGGAAAUAUUUGAAUGUGUAGGCCUGAAAUGGGACUCACUGCAGCUGGAUGAAUUGCAAACUAAAUUUUCUAAAAUUAAAAACAAAAUUAAAGAGAAGAUAAUGCACUUGGAAAAUAUUGUUAGGGAAUGGGAUAAGAUUCAGGGAUUGCUAGAUGAGAUCCAGACUGUGACAUCCACUGUAAGAAAAGAAGCUAAUAUCCUAAAUGAUAGCUCCAGCUCUUCUCCUGCUGAGAAUGUCAUAUCUGCACAGAUUCUAUUGCAGGCAGUUCAACAAAUCUUGUACUUAACCCAGGAGGCAGCAAAUCAAAUAAACAAAAAUGAGGUGUUUGAUUCAUCAUUCAAAGAAUCUAAGAGGAAAGAAAUAAAGAGCCUGGAGAAAAACGUUGAAGAAUUAAAGCAGUUUCUUCAAAACUUGGUCUCUGGGCUACAGAGUGCAAACAAGGAAGGUAGCCAGGAUGAAGCAGAAAAUAUAUUCCACAUCAUAAGGCAUAUUCAAUUAGAACUUCAGCAGCCACUUGUGAUAGACAUAAAUACAAUGCAGGAUGAAAAGCUGCGAUGGGAAGCAAUUCAGAAUAUGAUGGAAGGGAAGUUUUCUGCUCUUAAAUGUAUAAUGGAAAAAGAGAGGGAAAAACAAGAUGAGAAAUCUCCUCCUGCUGCUACAGAAUUAGAGACACUGCAAGGCUGUGAAGCACAGCUGAAGGCAGACAUUGCUGCCCGUGUUAAUGCUCUGGAGGAGGCAUGCAGGGCUGGUGAGCUUUACACCAAGGCUCUUCAGAGGGCUGCCAGGUUCCUGGAGGACUGUGAAGCUCCAGCCCAGGAUGCUGCAGCAGAGCUCUGUGGCUCAGGGGAGAUCUGUCAGACUCCACACUGGAAAGAGGAAGAGUUCAGCUCUGCAAAGGCUGACUUAGAAAACCUGCACUCCAAGCUGAAAAACCUAGUGAAGCCAGAAGACCAAGCACGUCUGGAAAAUGCUGUAGGAGAACUGGUGGAAAGGAGUUUGGCAUUAAGGAAGAAGGCUCAAAGAAAGGAAGCUGAUGAGCAGAGGUAUUUUGAAAAACACAAAAGCUACACAGAAACCAAAGAUAAAGUGUGUGAUAAUCUUAAGAAACUGGAAAAGAUGCUUAGACAGUCUUUGUCUAAGAUUCCAGUGUCUUAUAAAGAAGCUUUGGAGCAUUUGGAAGACAGCAAGGUUUUAGUGUCCAGCAUUGACUCUGCCGAAGAGGAUCUGGUGAAGCUGAGGCAGAUCUCUGGAGAGAUGAUGAGGUUGUGCAGAGGAAGUGACAGAGCCCUGGGCAGGAUUGUUACAGUGCUGUGGGAAAACUGGCUGGGUUUGCUUGAGGCAGCCAAAGGGCUGGAAAUUGCCUGUGAAGAACUAAAGCAGGAAUGGAAAUUCAUCAAUGAAGAGCUGGAACGAGAAACAAUCAUUCUGGAUAAGCUCCAGGAAGAACAGCCAGAAAGCCUUAAAGAGAAGGAGAAGGCCACCAGAGAGGAGCUGGUGGAGUUACUCGAUUUUGUGAACUCAUUUGAAGAAAACAUCAACCAGCAGCAGCUCCUCUUGCUCUUGCUUCUGCACCGGAUAAGAAACAUCCUGAAUGCCCCUGAGGAUGCUGAGGGGGAGGCUGCCCUCCCUGCCCUGGCUGAGAUAAAGGCAAUGCAGGAGCGCUGUAAGAAGUUGUACAAAAAAGCUCAAGACCAUAAAGAUUCUGUGAAAGCUGAGAUUCAAGAGAGGAACAAGGUCAUUGAAGAAAUAAGUGCUGUGACAAAUGCAUUACAGAAUGCUGCAUCUGUGUUGCUGCAGGAUGCUGAUGGAAAGGCAGAACAGCUGGAGGAGCUUCAGAAUGUGAUUGGCAGAGAGAGAGAAGCUCUGGAGGAUAUCAUGGAGAAACUUCGGAUCAAGUACUCUGAAAUGUACACAAUAGUGCCUGCAGAGAUCGAAACGCAGCUGGACGACUGCAAGAAAGUGUUGCACGACCUAGAAGAGAAGGUUAGCUCUGAAAUCUUGCAGAACUCUCCUCAGUAUGUGCUGAAAAGAAAAGCAGAAACUAUUAACAAUGGCCUUCAAGCUAUUGAAAAGAUGUUACAACAGAAGAGUGAAAACAUUGCAAAAGCCAAAGAAGUUCAGAAGCAAAUCUGGGAUAUGCUGGACCUGUGGCAUUACAAGCUCAAUGAGCUGGAUGCAGAAGUGCAGGACAUAGUGGAGCAGAAUGCCUGCCAUGCACAGGAGCUGAUGGACAUCCUGGUGGCCCCCCUGCAGCAGUACCAGCAGGUGUCCCAGCGUGCUGAGCGCAGAACUGCCAUUCUCAACAAGGCCACCAACAAGAUGGAGGAAUAUGAGGAGCACUUGAAGAAUGUGAAAGAUUGGAUAGAAAGCACCAACAGUUUGCUAAGAGCUGAUGCUCAGCACGACUCUGCAAAAAGCUUACACAAGCAUACUGAUGAGCUCCAGAUGGCUUUGGAAGACUCAGAGCAAAAGCAAAAUCUUCUGCAUGGUAUCUGCAUGGAGCUGGAGGAGCUGUCAGCAGUCUUUGAAACUGACAGUGUAAUGCAACAGCUGAAUGAAAUAGAUGUUCAAGUAGCAGCUUUACAGCAUGAGAUUGCAGAGGUUCUUCCACAAAUCCUGCAUGUGGCUGAUGAGCUGGAUGCCAUUGAAUCUCAUGUGAAAGUGUUUGAGAAGGAUGUUGCAGAAAUGAAGACAAUCCUGUCAUCAGAAGAUCUGUUAGAAUUUUCUCCUAAAGACCAACUUAAACAUGGACAGGUUAUACUUGAGCAUGUUGGUCCAAUGCAGAAAACCAUUGUUCAUAUACAGUCCUAUGAAGAUGCUCUUCAGCUGCCAGGGCUGAAAAUGCAACCUUUCUCAGUCUUCCAAAGAGCAAGACAACUCUUGAGAGAACUGAAGAAAUUAGAAAAAAUUACUAAGGAACAGAAUGAGCUACUGGAGGAAACUGUAAAGAAAACAGAAGAAUGUGAGCAAGAAAUUGAGAAGUUGAAACAACUCCUUAAGAACAAUUUGGGUGAAAUAUCACAUGAAGAUCAACCAGAGGCUCAGAAGAUUCCCUGUCCAGAGGGAGAAAUGGAAGCUGUAAAAGAAGAAAUCAUAAAGCUGUGCCAAAGAAAGGAAGAUUUGCUUACCAGGAUGAAGAAUUCCAUGUCUGAGCUUCACCAGUGCCUACAGCAAGAAGUGCCUGAAGCAGCAGAUGAAUCCCCAGCCUCUGCAUUGGCCCAGAGUGACCUGAUUGGGACUGAAGUUUCUCCUCAGCAGUUGAAAAAAAGAGGAGUGAUAUCUCUUCUGCCUUCCUUAGAUGAAGAAUCAGAAGACUGUUCUUUACACAGCAAGGGAAGUACAGCCACAGAGAAAGAUGCAAGAUUUUGGCCUUCAGAAGGAGAUGAUGAAAGGCCCAAGGAAGACAGUGCAACCUCCUGGUCCUCUGGUACCUUGUCAGAUGGCAUUGUUCAGGAUGAGGAUGUUUUAACUGAAUCACACAGCAAACAUGAUGGAGACACAUCUCUGCAAACUUUGGAGGGCCCUGAAGGUGCUGGCACAGGCGAUGGCAGUCUGGCUAUGAGCCAGCAGCCGCCUCCAGCGCCCAGCGCCGCGCUGGGCUCGCAGUCAGCGCUGGAUGGAGGGAGGCCUGAGCCAGAAUCCAUCCUCCUGGUGUGCCAGGCCCAGGUGGCAGAGCUGGAACAAUGGCUAGCCAAAACUAAAAUGUCCCUGGGCUCAGCCCCUCAGACCCCCCAAAGGCAGCAGAUGGUGGAGCCACAGCUUGCUGAUUGCCAGGUGAGGUUAUCAGAGAUUGAACAAAAGGUCCUUUCUUUACUGGAAGAUUGUGGAGAUAGUGCAGACUACCAACAAAAGACAGAGGCUCUUUCCCUGAAGCUGAAGGAGGUGAAGCGCAAUUUGGAAAAUGUCCAGAUGAUGCUUCAAGACAAGCACAGUGAAGAGCAGGUUCCCAGCAGGGAGAGGAUGGACCCAGAGCCCCUGGAGAUCCUGCACUCUGAUGGUUUCAGCCCAUCCCAGGUGCCCCUUGCCCAGCAGCCUUGGCACAAUGGGCUGCAGCAGCCCCAGGACCUGAAAUUAAAAGCAGCUGAGCAGAAAAGCCUCAUUGACUUUAUUGAGUCAUGUGUGGAAAAAAUGCAGCCGCAGCUUGAGGACAGCAUGACUCCAAAAUCAGAAUCCAGCAAUGGAGAAUCUGCCUCAAAGAGCAAGCAGGCUGAUGCCACCUUAGCUCCAAAGGAUCAAAUGGGUAAUAAAUGGCAAUAUUUACAACAGGAACUCUCAUCAAAGAUGAAAUCUCCUCUCUGCCAGCUUGUGGAACCUCAGAUCACAACAAAGAUGAACAUGCUGCCUCGAGGCACAUUCUCAGGUGCAGGAACCCCAACUGUGGAGGAGCUGAAAACUUACACUGUCCAGCUGGGAGACCUGAGCCAGGAAGCAAAUGUGGUGCAUGCACAGGAUAAUGUGGCAGAGGAAGUCUCUUCCAAUUUGGACAGAAAGUUGUUUGAGCUGCUUCUGGCAAUCAGCCGGUGUUUGAACAACAUGGAGGAGAUGCUGAACACCUCCGUGCUCUCCACUGAAGAGGCAGCUGUGCAGCAGGCUCUCUAUGAGACUCUGUCUGUGGAGCUGCAAAAACUUCAUGCUGAUCUGAGUGAUAAAAAGGAUGAUCUUCUGAAGUCCAUCAGCUGCGCUGGUGGGAGCACAGAUGUGUUCUGCGAGUGCUUUAACAACCUGCAGGCACGGCUGGAACAAACUCAAGCUGCCACUGCUUCAAGGAGCAGCUCCAUGAAAGCUGGGCUGGAUCAUAAUAGCAAUUACCUGAAUCAAACCAGGCUACUCUAUGAUCAGUUAACUGAGAAAAAAGCUGCUCUGCAACAAUGCUUGAAUGACCUACGUGGACAUAAUGUUUCUGAACAGCUCCAGAAAAUUGGUGACUGUGCUGUGGAGCUGCAAAAGUUUGAAAACCAAGUAGCAAAAUUGAGAGGCCAUGGAGAAAGAUUGCAGUUACCUAUCACCUUAAUCCAGGAAGCUUAUAAAUUAGAGGAUGUUCUGGAUGACAUGUGGGGGAUUCUGAAAGCAAAGUAUGUGGAGCUGAACUCCCCUGCCAUCAGUGAAAGCCAGUAUGAGGACUUGCUUCGUGGGUUUGCAGAGCUGGUAGCUAUUGGAAGGGAGAAGAUGGCACAGGAUCCAAAGCACCUAACAAAGAGCAGAGCAGCUCUGCAGUCCCACCUGAAAAAUCACAAGGAUUUUUUCCACAACCUCAUGACACGUAUGGCUUACAUGGAAGCGUUUUCCAAGAGAGUGAGUCCUUCUGUCCUGCAAAAAAGAGAGGAAUUCUGGAAAGAGCUGGUCAAUGAGGUCAAAUUGCUGGAGCAGAAGGCCUGCCAGUAUGGUAUACACUUAGAGAGCCUGCUAAAGGAUUGGAUGGUAUUUGAUGAGGAAUGCCUGGUUUUCAAUAAGGAGUUAGAAGCACUUGCCUCUGCAUUGCCUUCUAUCAGUCUGGUUGAAGAAACUGAAGAAAGAUUAAUGGAAAGGAUUGCACUUCUAGAGAAAAUCAAAAGCAGUGUUGAUGAAAAGCAUGCCAGGCUGUACCAGAUGGUGAAGGAAGGGAAGAAAUUGCUGACUGCUGUGAACUGUCCAGAAAUAAGAAGCCAGAUUGGGAAGCUGGAAGAGCAGUGGUUGUCUUUAACCAAAAAAGUUGGCCAUGAGCUACACAGACUUCAAACACUACUGAAACUCCUGGUCAGCUACAACCGGGACUCAGAGGAAUUGAUGAAAUGGUUGGAUUCUGCUCAGCAGAGAAUGAAUUUUUGGAAGGAGCAGUCUCUCAAUGUGUCACAAGAUCUUGCCACCAUCAGGGACAACAUCAACAGUUUGUUUACAUUUUCUAAGGAAGUUGAUGAAAAAUCUUCCCUGAAGUCAUCAGUAGUGAGCACUGCCAGCCAGCUCCUCCAUGUGAAGCAAGCUGAUACUGCAGCACUUAGGUCAUCCUUGGCAAAAUUUGAGCAAAAAUGGGGAGAACUGAUUACACAGCUCCCAGCCAUCCAAGAAAAGCUUCACCAGCUUCAGAUGGAAAAGCUUUCAUCACGAGAAGCUAUUGCUGAACUAAUGGCCUGGCUGGACCAUGUGGAACAGCAGCAGGAACGUGAGGAGCUGAUAAAUUCACAAGGCAGUGCUGCCCAGGUCAAGACCCUCCUUCAGAAGUACAAGGAAUACAUGAUGGAGAUGAACUUUAAGCAGUGGAUGGUAGAUUUUGUUAACCAGUCCCUGCUGCAGAUGAGCACCUGUGACGUGGAGAGCAAGCGCUACGAAAGGACAGAGUUUGCCGAGUGCCUGGGUGAGAUGAACCUGCGGUGGCACCGCCUGCAGGCAGCCCUCAACAGAAAGAUACAAGACCUGGAACACAUUUUGGAGGAUAUUACUGAGAAUGAGAACAAAGCCCAGACUCUGCACAACUGGCUGGAAGCUCAGAGUGAUCGACUGAGAUCCUUACAGACUCCAGCAAGUCUGAUCUCUGCACAGAACACCUUAGAUGAUUGCAAGGAGCUGGAAAAUCAACUCGUGGCUAAAUCCGAAACUCUUGAUGAGCUCAAAAAGAGUUUGGCUUCAAAUGGUAGUGCAGAACAAACCCCAGAAACUCAGUCUCUGAGGAUAGCUGAGCUGUGUGAAAUGAAGGACAGCAUUGUAAACCAGGUUGCACAGCUAAAGGCCUCAAUGGAGUCAAUACUGGAGCAAUGGAGAGCAUAUGAUGAAAUUUAUGCAGAAGUCAGCCUGAUGACAACAAGAUAUUUGUACUGCAUAGACCAGUGCAAACCUUCUGAGGAAGAAGCUUCAUUGGAAGCUUUGAAAAAACAGGUCAAAACUCUCCAGGCUCUUCAAGAUGAAUCAGAGAGCAGUGAAGAAAGUUGGGCCAAGCUCCAGGCUGCUGCCAGUAACCUGAAGAAGAUCUGUUCCCCCUCCUUUGCAGAGAUUAUUGACCAGAAGUGCAUGGAGGCACACACUAGGUGGAACUCAGUAAAUGAAGACAUCACAGAUCAGCUGCGGGCAGCACAGGCAGCUCUGCAGCUCUGGGAGCCCUUUGAGGCUUUGUGCUCUGAGACAGCAGCCAAGUUAGAGCAGUACAGCCAGCAGUGUGCUCAGCUCCUGGAUGCUCACGUGCCUGAGAACUCCAUAGAAACCCUGGAGCAGAGGAUACAGGAGAUGAAGAAUUUACAGCAUGGCCUUCAAAACCUCGCAGGAUGCCGAGCCCAGAUUUAUUUGCAGGCUGACAGGAUAAAACAGCAGGCUGGGGCAGCUGCUGAGGCCAUUCUGAUGGAGAAGCUGCAGCCAUUCCAGAGAGCAACCUAUUUGGAAAAGAUGUUGCAGAGGAAGUUGGAUGAACUUCAGUUCAAUCUUUUACAACUGGAGGAUUUCAACAACUGCCUGGAAACCCUGGAGGGUCGUGUCAAGAAUUGCACAGACACCUUUGAUAGCCUCUGUCUAGAGGAAGGAGACAACUCAGAAUUGCUCAUGAAUCAGACACUGGAGCUGGCUGCACUUUCUCCAAGCAUAGAGAGUUUGAAUGAAGCAAGCAUAAAGCUGCCACUCAGUGACUUCACCCUGAAGAAAAUGCAGAGCCUGACUCGACAGUGGAGUCAGAAAACAGCGGCUGCUCUGGAGUGUUGCAGUAUGCUUGAGGGAACCCAAAAUGAUGAGAAGAAAUUCUUCCAGAAAUGUGAAAAGUGGAUGAAAUUCCUAGAAAAAAUGAAAGAAGCCUUAAAAACAGAUAUUCCAGGACGGUUUGAAGAACUGCAAGAGCAACAGAGAAUAUAUGAGAUGCUGCAGACUGAGAUUUCCAUAAAUCAGCAGACAUUUAAUUCUAUCAUAGAAAAAGUUCUACUCUCCUUGGAAUCUGGAGAAGCAGAGAAAAGGACAGAGUUUAUUUCCAAGCUGACACUGCUGAAGGAGCAGUGGCAGAAUGUUAUCCGGAUGGUUCAGCAGAGGAAGAAGGACGUCGAUGGACUCGUGAGCCAGUGGCAGCUCUUCAGGAGUUCCCUGCAGAGCCUCAGCAGAUUCCUUGAUGACACAAACAGCUUCCUUGCAGCUGUGAAGAGCCAGGACUGUUACAGCCUUUACCAGCUUAGAAAUGUAAUUCACGAUUUCAAGAGUAAGGCAGUGAUCCUUCAGAGGUGGGAAGCCAUGUACACCUUGGUCAUCGACGUCGGGGAGAAGUUGCGCGCUGUCUCCGAUCCCAACACCAGCGCUGCCCUCCAGGAGGAGCUCAGCCAGCUACAGCAGCGCUGGGGGAAGACCCAGGCCCUGCUGGAGAAGAAGAAGAUGCAGUUCAGUGGCACCCUACAGACUUGUGACCGCUUUGAAAAGCAAACCAAGGAACUGGAAAGCAGGCUGCAGGAGCUAAAGGAGAAAGUGAAAGAUCCACUCCCUGUUGAACAUGAAGAGCUCCACAAAGCCAAGGAACAUAUUAAGGAGCUGGAGCAGUCGCUGGCAGACUGGGCCCACGACAUGAAGGAGCUGCAGGCCAUGAAGGCGGAGCUGGCACACCUCAUCCUCACCGAGGACAUGAUGGUGCUCAAGGAGCAAGUGGAGCAUUUGCACAGGCAGUGGGAAGAGCUCUGCCUUCGGGUGUCCCUGAGGAAGCAGGAGAUCGAGGACAGGCUCAACACCUGGAUCGUGUUCAAUGAGAAGAAUAAGGAGCUGUGCUCCUGGCUGGUCCAGAUGGAAAGCAAAGUGUUGCAGACUGCAGAUGUUAGCAUUGAAGACAUGAUAGACAAACUGCAGAAGGACUGCAUGGAAGAAAUAAACCUGUUCAGUGAAAAUAAGCUUCACUUGAAACAAAUGGGUGAUCAGCUAAUCAAGGCUAGCAACAAGAGCAGAGUUGCAGAAAUAGAUGAUAAACUGAACAAAAUCAAUGAUCGCUGGCAGCAUCUCUUUGAUGUCAUUGGAGCACGGGUGAAGAAACUGAAGGAAACAUUUGCUUUUAUACAACAAUUGGACAAAAACAUGAGUAACCUUCGCACCUGGUUGGCCCGGAUUGAGUCUGAGCUUUCCAAGCCUGUUGUUUAUGACAUCUGUGAUGACCAAGAAAUCCAGAAGAGACUGGCAGAACAGCAGGACCUGCAGAGAGACAUAGAGCAGCACACGGCGGGCGUGGAGUCCGUGUUUAACAUCUGUGAAGUUCUGCUGCACGACUCAGAUGCGUGUGCUAAUGAGACAGAGUGUGACUCCAUCCAGCAAACCACCAGGAGCUUGGACAGACGGUGGAGAAACAUCUGUGCCAUGUCCAUGGAAAGGAGAAUGAAAAUCGAGGAAACCUGGCGUCUGUGGCAGAGGUUUUUGGAUGACUAUUCUCGCUUUGAAGAUUGGCUGAAAGCAUCAGAAAAUAUAGCAGCUAGGCCUAACUCUUCAGAGGUCUUGUACACACAUGCAAAAGAGGAGCUGAAGAAAUUUGAGGCGUUCCAGCGGCAGAUCCACGAGCGGCUGACGCAGCUGGAGCUGAUCAAUAAGCAGUACCGGCGCCUGGCGCGCGAGAACCGCACCGACUCGGCCAGCAAGCUCAAACAGAUGGUGCACGAGGGCAACCAGCGCUGGGAUAACCUCCAGAAACGAGUGGCCUCCAUUCUCAGGAGGCUCAAGCACUUCACCAACCGGAGAGAUGAGUUUGAGGGGACGAGGGAAAGCAUCCUUGUCUGGCUCACAGAAAUGGACCUGCAGCUGACAAACGUGGAGCACUUCUCAAAAAGUAACUUUGAUGACAAAAUGCGCCAGUUAAAUGGUUUCCAACAGGAGAUAACGUUAAACACCAAUAAGAUUGAUCAGCUAAUUGUUUUUGGGGAGCAGUUGAUUCAGAAGAGCGAGCCUUUGGAUGCCAUCCUGAUUGAGGAUGAAUUGGAGGAGCUUCAUCGAUACUGUCAGGAGGUGUUUGGGCGAGUUGCCCGCUUCCAUCAAAGACUGACUUCAAGGGAUCCUGGAUUGGACGAUGAAAAAGACAACUCUGAAAAUGAGACAGAUCAAGAAGACUCCAGAGAAAUCCAGAAUGAUCCCUGGCAUAAGAAAGCCAUCACUGAGGGGCCCUCAUCCACACAGUCCCUCUGCCACCUCGUGCCCCCGACUCAGGGCCAUGAGAGAUCAGGCUGUGAGACCCCUGUCAGCGUCGACUCCAUCCCACUUGAGUGGGAUCACACAGGUGAUGUGGGAGGUUCUUCCUCUCAUGAAGAUGAUGAAGAAGCAACAUAUUACAGUGCUCUGUCAGAUGUAGAAAUCACUGAAAACCCUGAGGCAUAUCUUAAAAUGACCACAAAAACUUUGAAAGCAUCUUCUGGAAAGUCUGUUUCAGAAGCUCGUCCUUGGCAUUCUCCAGGCAGCCCAGUCUGCAGGAAACACAGAUAUAACCAGGCAGAGAUGGUUGGAAAUGUGUUGUCUGGGCCAGAGACAAGUACUCCCUAUAAACCAGACUAUGUGAAGCAGCUCAGCUCUGCCAGCAGCAGCAGCAGCAAGGAGAAAAUUCCAUCUGCCAACAUGAGCGAUGAGGAGCCCCAGGAUGAUCAAGAACUUGUGAACAUAGCAGCAACAGAGAAGCAGCCAGGCAUUAUUGAUAGGUGGGAGCUCAUCCAAGCUCAAGACCUCAGAAAUAAACUCAGGAUGAAACAGAAAUUGCAGCAGUGGCAGCAGCUGGACUCAGACCUCAGUGAUAUCUCUGCUUGGCUUGAUAAAACUGAGCAAGAGCUGGAAGAGCUGCAAAAGGUGAAGCUUCCAACCAGCAUGCAGGCAUUGGAACAAAAGGUCAAGAAAUUGAAAGACAUGCUUAAAGCAUUUGACAGCUACAAAGCAGUGUUGCUUUCUGCCAACCUGAGCAGCAAAGAGUUCCAGAAGGCAGACAGCACAGAGUUCAAGGAGCUGCAGAACAGGCUUCGGAAGGUCAACUUGCACUGGGAGAAGGCAAAUCGUGCACUGGACAGCUGGAGGAAGGGUUUGCAGCAAGCCUUGCUGCACUGCCAGGAUUUCCAGGACCAGAGCCAAAAGCUAAUCCUGUGGUUAGCAAGUGCUGAAAGCCAGAGGAAUGAGGCACAAAUCACAGAUCCCAAUGCUGAUCUCAAUACAAUACUGGAAUGCCAGAAGGAGCUGAUGCAACUGGAGAAAGAGCUGCUGGAGCAACAGCUUAAUGUGAACUCCCUCCAAGAGCUCACUGCUUACCUGCUGCUGAAAUCAGAUGGUGAUUACAUUGAGGAGGAGGAGAAGGUCCAUGUAAUUGGAACAAAACUGAAACAGCUGAUUGAACAAGUCUCUCAGGACUUAAAAACAAUACAAGGGAAUCUGGAUACCAAAACAUUCCUGCUAGUUCCAGAUGACUUGGACUCAGGAGCCUUUAAUGCAGAAGAAGAGAAAUCCAGCCCUGCUGUGAAGAAGAUGGCCCUCAGGAGAACAGCUGAAGGCAGGAAUGGCAGCAGCACAAGGAGCGAAAGCCAUUCAGAACCUGUGCAGGCAACCCCUCGCUCUCCCUCCUUCUUCUACCGAGUGUUGAGGGCAGCUUUACCCCUCCAGCUGUUCUUCCUGCUGCUUCUGCUGCUGGCUUGCAUGAUCCCCUCCUCUGAGGAAGACUACAGCUGCACCCAGGCCAACAACUUUGCCCGCUCCUUCUACCCCAUGCUGCGCUACACCAACGGGCCCCCGCCCACCUAGGGCAGCCUGCACUCUCACUGAACACUCUUGGGUGGUGCUUUUUUCUCCCAUGCUGCUCUAGCAUCAGUCAAGCAGUGAGUUUCACAUCUCAAAAUGUAUAUCUUGACAGAAUUUCAGCGUUUUUUGUACGGGAAACAAAACUUUUUCUAUAGAUUUUUUUUAAACAGUAAGCAGCACACUUUAUACUUUGAUGCAAUAGAUACACUAUUUUGUAGGGACAGUGCUCUUGAGUUUGCAAGGUGUUUGGAUACUGAGUUCUUAGAUGCAGAAAUGACAUCACAGUAAUGUUAAACAUAGCAGUCUGUCUUGGGUGAGCAUGACAAACAAGCAGGUGAAGAGGGACUUCAUUGAAUAUGAUUUCUUCACACACACACUUCACAUUAUUUGUAUCUUUUGGUACUGUAGUCACUUGGUGGAAGCAAAAAAAAAAAAAAUUGCAUAUUUUUGAAUCUUUGUUGUUGUAUUUUAUUCAUCUAACACGUUCAAUAUCAUGAUGCACAUUUGUUUUGUUUGACAUAAAGUGUUCUAGUAGUUAGGACUGCUGUGUUGUCUUUUUAUACCACCUUGGAAAUAAGGAAUUGCUGCAUUGCAUGGAAAUGGUUUAUAAUGCACAUAUUUUCUAGAUGAACAUGAUUAUGUAGACUAUCCCUGAUGUAUACAAAUAGUGCAAUGACUUUUUUAAUGAAAGUUUUUUUUUCAGUUUUUAACCUGCUGAAUAGUGUACAGUACCUUGGGAGAGAAUUGUGCAUUUUUAUAAGCUUUGUUUUUAAAAUGAAACCGGUGUGUGGGCAGUGGCUGGAGAAACACUGUGUACAGUCAGCAUUGCCACUGCCCCUCUGUUGUACAGUUUGAGUACUGUCAUUAAAAUUUUGCCAAUGUC